CUGUAGGGUAGAUACAAGCCCCUUGUCAAAUCACUAACGUACACAUAUCUGUACAAGAGUUUCCUACCUGUCCUUAGACCAAAGAUUUCGGCUUUAGACAUAGUAGCUUCUAUAAUCUUACUACUACACUGCUGACUUGUUCGACAUAUUGUACUGUUUAUUCCUUGUGCAUUUUGUGUGUACUUUAUUUCUCCGACUCGAUAAUAACAAAGUGUCCACAGUGCAUAGCAGAUCAAACAUGGCCACGAACAAUACACAAGGUGAGAAUUUGCAUGUCUCCGACAACACCACACAGCAGAUGAUUCCACACCAUGAAGAGUGUCCAGACUGCUGCACAGUUAUGAAUACCACACAGGAACCGUUGAUUGAACAAGAUGAUGUUCGGUAUGGUAUAGACGGAGCGGGAGUUGUGAACACUGUGACUGAAGAAUUGGAAGUUAAUCAAAUAAUAUGCUCUGAUGAAACAAAUGAGCUCUUGAAUCUAUAUGAGGAUUAUGUAAGGGAGAAACAGUCGACUAUAGAACCCACAGUUGUACAAGGAGUGACCACCUUUGGAAGGACUGUACAUUUAAUACCUGAUUCUGAACGAGUUCCGUAUAAUGAAGAUGAGGAGCGUAACGUCUUUAAAUCUGAGCUCCAGAGGAGAAGAAUAUCAUGUGAUACAGUUUAUUCAUGUGAGGUAUGCAGUGAGACAUUCAACUCCUACAAUACACUGGAAUGCCAUAUGUCAGUCCAUAAUGAACAGGAAAUAUAUUCGUCUAAUGUAAAGUCAUACACUUGUGAUGUAUGUAAUAAAUGUUUUAACCAAAAAUCAAUAUUGAACCGGCAUUUGUCAAUACAUACUAGUAAAAAGCCAUAUAGUUGUUAUGUAUGUAAUAAAUGUUUUAAAAGAAAAUCAACAUUGCAAGAGCAUUUGUCAAUACAUACUGGUGAGAAGCCAUAUAGUUGUGACGUAUGUCAUAAAUAUUUUAACAAAAAAUCAACAUUACAACGGCAUGUGAUUAUACAUACUGGUGAUAAGCCAUAUAGUUGUGAUGUAUGUAGUAAAUGUUUUAAUAGGAAAUCAACAUUGCAACAGCAUAUGUUCAUACAUAAAGGUGACAAGCCAUAUAGUUGUGACGUAUGUAAUAAAUGUUUUAACAUAAAAUCAUCAUUGCAACGGCAUUUGAUUAUACAUAGUGGUUUGCAAUAUAGUUGUGAUGUAUGUAAUAAAUGUUUUAACAAAAAAUCAUUAUUCCAAUGGCAUUUGAUGAUACACACUGGUGAGAAGCCAUAUAGUUGUGAUGUAUGUAAUAAAUGUUUUAGGCAAAAAUCAAAUUUAGCAAAACAUUUGUUAAUACAUACUAGUGAGAAGCCAUAUAGUUGUGACGUAUGUAAUAAAUGUUUUAGACAGAAAGCAAAGUUAGAACAACAUUUGCUGUUACAUACUGGUGAGAAGCCAUAUAAUUGUGAUGUAUGUAAUAAGUAUUUUAGACAUAAAGCAAAUUUAACACAACAUUUGUUGAUACAUACUGGUGAUAAGCCAUAUAGUUGUGAUAUAUGUAACAAAUGUUUUAGACAGAAAGCAAAUUUAGCACAACAUUUGCUAAUACAUACUGGUGACAAGCCAUAUAUUUGUGACGUAUGUAAUAAAUGUUUUAGACAGAAAGCAAAGUUAGCACAACAUUUUUUGAUACAUACUGGUGAUAAACCACAUAGGUGUGAUGUAUGUAAUAAAUGUUUUACCAGUAAAUCAGCAUUGAAACGGCAUUUGUUAAAACAUUGAUGACAAGCCGUAUUAAAUGUAUAAUACAUGUAAAUGUAUAUGUAAGUAUUUAUAAAACAAUGAUAAAGUUCGGAGAUACAAACAGCAAUAAUUAUAAUAAUUUAUUUGUUCAAAUAUGGGUGUUACAGAUGGUACAUUAUUAGAUUUUAUUAAAAUCUUCUUUUGUGAAUAUACUUUUAAUAUAA